AACAACAAAAAAAAAAAAAAAAAAAAAAAGAAAAAAAAGAAAAAGAAAAAGAAAAAGAAAAAUUCUCCCCCUUCGUUCCCCGGCACCCGAUUUCUAUAAUUCUCCGAUAUCUUCCUUCCGUUUUUUUCUGUUCUCUCCCCAGUCUUCCUCUCCGCCGCAGUCGCAAUCGCUCGCCGGCAAGCCCCUACUCCCAUUCUCUCAAUUAUCUCCUUCUCUGCUGCAACCUCCGCCGCCACGCCACCGCCUUCUGCUGCAGCUCCCUUCAUAUCUCCGUCGCUUGCCGCCAGGGUCCGAUUUACGAAGAGGAGUGGGCAUUAGAUGGGCGGCGAAACAUAUGGUGAUUCCCCAGACGAAAGGGAUGAAGAUGAUGACGACUAUGAGGAUGCUAAUGGUGGCAAUCGAUUCUUGGGGUUUAUGUUCGGGAAUGUGGAUAAUUCUGGUGAUCUUGAUGCCGAUUAUCUUGAUGAGGAUGCUAAGGAACAUCUGGCUGCACUGGCUGAUAAGUUGGGUCCAACUUUGACAGAUAUUGAUUUGUCAACGAAAUCACCAAAAAUACGAUCAGAUGCUGUUGAACCAGAUUAUGAUGCGAAGGCUGAAGAUGCAAUUGACUAUGAAGAUAUUGAUGAAGAGUAUGACGGUCCAGAGAUUGAAGCCACUGGAGAGGAAGACCACUUAUUGCCAAAAAGGGAAUAUUUUUCUGCUGAAGUUUCUUUGGCUACGCUGGAGCCUACAGCUUCUGUAUUUGAUGAUGAAGAUUAUGAUGAGGAUUUUGAAAAGGUGCCUGAUGUUGUAAAUGGCAAUGCUGAAGCUCAAAACAUCCAUGCAUCAGAUGAGCAAGGCGAAUGCCUUGAGAUUGUUUCCGAAGGAGAAAAAUCUUUUGCAGUUGAUGAUCUACAAUCUGCUCCCCUCAAUAAUGAAGUUAUAACUAGUGAUGCAGAAGGUUUGCUCGAGGGGACGCCUGAAGUACAGAAGCGGCUACAGGAUGAGAAGUCUCAUACUCCCUUACCUGUAUUGUGCAUGGAGAAUGGGAUGGCAAUCUUACAAUUUUCUGAAAUUUUUGGUGUUCAUGAUAGUUUGAAUAAAAAGGAGAAGAGAGACUCUAGAUAUAGUACUCGUAGAGAUAAGUAUAGGUCUGCAGAUGUAUCUGAUAUUGUUGAAGAGGAUGAAGAGGCAUUUUUACAUGGCUUCAGUCGAGGUGUAUCAUAUGUGAAACCAGCGUAUGUUGUUAAAGAUGAUACUACUAUGUUUGAUGUGGAUGAUCCAGAAUAUACAAAAUUUGGUGUUGUGCAAGGGGUCGAUGUAAUGGCUUCAAGAGUGGACUGGCGACAAAAAGACCGUUGUUGUGGUGCAGAACCCAUGAAACAAAUUGUUGCAGAAAAUGUUACCAUUGGAUCAAAUUCGUUAUUGUUUAAAAAAUUUUACCCUCUAGAUCAUCAAAAUUGGGAAGAGAGAAUUUUGUGGGACAAUUCUCCGGUCUCAAGUAAGAACGCUUCUGGGAGUUGUGAGGCAUCUGGAUCUGAUAUUGAAGCUUCAUCUAAUAGUGACGUGGAACCACAAGUUUCCAUUCAGAUUGUUCGAUCAGAAGACCGUAUUGGUCCAAAUGGUGAGGGACAGAGUCUUUACCAUCAUGGUUUUCAGUUAUUGGAGCCUUUUGGCUCUAGAAAAAUUUCAGGAACAGAAGAGUCUGUAUCACCAGAAAUGAUUUAUCAUCCUCAGAUGUUGAGAUUAGAAUCCUGGAAGGAUGUGGACGAUUCUUGCCAAUCAGAUGGUAUAAAGGAAAGUAUUUCAGAUGAGCAUCAAAGUUAUGCUGUCAGAUCCUUCAGCAAAUUUUCUCCAAAGAACAGAAGAAUGCUGGAAGGUUCUUGGUUAGACAAAGUACUAUGGGAAACAGAUGAACCUAUUGAAAAACCAAAGUUUAUAUUUGAUCUUGAAGAUGAACACAUGCUUUUUGAAAUUUCAGAUGAAAAUGAAUCGAAGUACAUUCAGUUUCAUUCUGGAGCUAUGAUUUUAACACGGUCAUCAAUGUCAAUCAAUGGAAAUUCUUUUGAGAUAUCCGGAAGUGGAGGUCAAGGUGGCUGGCGAGUUGUUUCUAAUGACAAACACUACUCCAAUAGAAAAGCAUCUCAGCAACUGAAAUCAAAUUCUAAAAAACGUUCUGUUCAUGGUAUCAAAGUUUUCCAUUCAAAACCCGCAAUGAUGUUACAGACAAUGAAGCUGAAGUUGAGCAACAAAGAGCUAGCUAAUUUUCAUCGCCCUAAAGCUUUAUGGUAUCCACAUGAUAAUGAGGUGACUGUCAGAGAACUACAGAAGUUACCUACCCAAGGACAAAUGAAGAUUAUUAUGAAGAGUUUAGGAGGCAAAGGCAGUAAACAUAUUGUUGAUCCUGAGGAGACUGUUUCGUCAAUCAUGGCCAAAGCUUCCAAGAAGCUAGGUUAUCAAAAUUUUUUUUUUUUGGAUAUGAAGCCCUCUGAAAAUAUCAAAUUAUUUUAUUCUGGAAAGGAGCUUGAAAGAGAAAAGUCUUUGGCUGCCCAAAAUGUGAAACCAAAUUCCUUACUUCAUCUUGUUCGUUCGAAAAUAUAUAUAAUGCCAAGGGCACAAAAUUUGCGUGGUGAAAAUAGAUCUGUGAGAUCUCCUGGAGCAUUCAAAAAGAAAUCUGAUCUUUCUGUGAAAGACGGACACGUUUUUCUGAUGGAGUAUUGUGAAGAAAGGCCUUUACUUUUGGGCAACAUUGGAAUGGGGGCAAGACUAUGCACUUAUUAUCAAAAGUCGUCCCCCGAUGAUCAAACUGGUGCACUGUUGCGAAAUGGGGGGGAUAGUUUAGGACAUGUCAUUAUCCUCGAACCUUCAGAUAAAUCUCCUUAUCUUGGGGAUUUAAAAGGUGGUUCAAUACAGGCAUCUCUUGAAACAAACAUGUACAGGUCACCUGUAUUUUCCCACAAGGUGCCAAUGACUGAUUAUAUAUUGGUCCGUUCUGCAAAGGGGAAGCUUUCCCUAAGACGUAUUGACAAAAAUUUUGCAGUUGGCCAGCAGGAGCCGCUGAUGGAGGUGUUUUCUCCGGGAACAAAGUCUCUUCAAACUUUUAUGAUGAAUAGACUAACUUUGUAUAUGUUUCGUGAAUUCCUUGCUGCUGAAAAGCGCCGACGAAUCCCUGACAUCCGUGUUGAGGAACUACCUUCUCAGUUUCCAUACCUGUCUGAGACUAUAAUUAGGAAGAAACUGAAGGAAUAUGCUCUGCAGCAGAGAAAUUCGAGCGGACAGAUUAUUUUAAUUAAGAAGCGCAACGCAAGCAUUUCUUUGAAAAAAGAUGCUGUGACACCUGAGGAUGUAUGCAAGUAUGAAAGCAUGCAAGCUGGUUUGUACCGUCUGAAACAUUUGGGACUUUCAGAGGUUCAUCCCUCGGCAAUUUCAUCUGCGAUGAGUAGACUUCCUGAUGAAGCUAUUACCCUGGCUGCUGCAUCUCACAUUGAAAGAGAGUUGCAGAUAACUCCCUGGAACUUAAGUAGCAAUUUUGUUGCUUGUACGACCCAGGGAAAAGAAAAUAUAGAGCGGCUGGAAAUUACAGGUGUUGGUGAUCCAUCUGGUCGUGGGCUUGGAUUUAGUUACGUUCGUUCGGUUCCAAAAGCACCUAUUUCUAAUGCAUCUUUAAAGAAAAAAGCAGCCUCUAGUCGAGGAAGCUCUGCAGUGACAGGAACAGAUGCUGACCUACGUAGGUUGAGCAUGGAUGCUGCAAAAGAGGUUCUUCUCAAGUUUGAUGUAUCUGAAGAACAGAUAGCAAAACUAACCAGAUGGCACAGAAUUGCUAUGAUACGGAGGCUUUCGAGUGAGCAAGCAGCUUCUGGGGUACAAGUAGAUCCAACAACUAUCAGCAAAUAUGCACGUGGCCAGCGAAUGUCCUUUCUGCAACUUCAGCGUCAGACAAGAGAGAAGUGUCAAGAAAUUUGGGAACGACAAAUUCAGAGUCUUUCAGCCUCAGAUGGUGCUGAGAACGAGAGUGACUCUGAAGGAAAUAGUGAUCUAGAUUCCUUUGCUGGAGAUUUGGAAAAUUUGCUGGAUGCAGAGGAAUUUGAAGAUGAAGUUGAUACAUUUGAGAUCCGACAUGAAAAAACUGAUGGGGUCAAGGGACUUAAAAUGAGGAGACGUCCAUCCAUUGCUCAAACAGAAGAAGAGAUUGAAGAUGAAGUGGCGGAAGCUGCAGAGUUGUGCAGGUUGCUGAUGGACGAUGAAGCUGAGAGGAGGAGGAAGAAGAAGAAGAAUAAAGUCAUGGGAGAAGCAGUGUUGUCUACAGGUUUUCAAGCUAGUUUUGGUCAUGAAAAUCCUGAGCAGACCAGACAUCUUGUUAGUAUUGCCCAACCUGAUGUCACCUAUAUUUCUAAAGAAAAUAUAAGAGAACAGAAGGAGGUUGAAAAUAUUAUUAAUCGAAAAGAAAAGUUUGGAAAAUUGAAACCCACGAAGAAGAACUAUAGUUCAGAGAUGAACCUAAUCAAUAAGAAAUUGAAGAUAUCAGGAGACAAAGUCAAGAAUUUUAAAGAGAAGAAAUCAGCUCGAGAGAGUUUUGUGUGUGGAAAGUGUGGUCAGUUUGGACACAUGCGGACGAACAAGAAUUGCCCCAAGUAUGGAGAGGAUCUUGAAACACCAGAGACAACAGAUCAAGAAAAAGUAUCAAUAAAGUUGAAUACCCUAGAUCCAUCAAAUCAAUCCCAUCAGAAAGCUGUAACUAAGAAGGUUACACCUAAAGCCGUUGCAAAAAGUUCUACAACAGAAGCAUUCGAGGGUGAAAAAUCUACGUUGAUGGCAAAAGUUUUUCCAGUGAAAUUCAAAUGCAGCUCAUCUGACAGACUGUCUGACAAUCUUAGUCCUGCACUGCCACAGACUUCUGACUUGCCAGUCAAUUCUGACAAUGAAACUGGGAAGUCUGUUAAAGUUAACAAGAUUACAUUUUCUAAGAAGAGAACUGAAGACAUUCAGUUUGAGUCUCAUAAACCCUCAAUUGUAAUACGACCUCCUGAUGCAAAAAAGGUCUCACUUGAAGCUCAUAAACCUUCCAUUGUUAUAAGACCACCAACAAAUAUGGAUAGGGACAAAAUGGAAUUUUCCAGACGCUCUGCCACCAUUAUUAGAUCAGCAGCUGAAACAGAAAAAGAACAGCUUCACAAAAAACUCAUAAUCAAACGGCCAAAGGAGGUUAAGGAGGUUAUUGAUUUGGAUCGGAGUGCUUAUGAUGGGAGUGUUGGUAUGGAGUACCGGAAGACUAAAAGAAUUGUUGAGCUGUCAAGUUUUGAGAAGCAUACAAGGCAUGGGAGCAUGAGUUCAUCUGAGUCUGGAAAAAAGAAAGUUAGAGAAGAGCAUAGAUGGUGGGAAAAGCAAGAGAAGCAGAGAAAUGAAGAAAGACUAAGGGAAGAGAAGGUGAGGAGGGUUUACAAUGAACAAAUGGGGAUGCGAGAGGAACAAGAGAAGUUAGCUGAGAUUAGAAGAUUUGAAGCAAGCAUUAGAAGUGAUAAGGAGGAAGAAGAACGUCUAAAAGCAAAGAAGAAGAAGAAGAAACGAAUCCCUGAAAUACUAGAUGAUUAUAUGGAAGACCCCAGGUCAAGAAGAUUUGAUAAAAGGGUUCUAGAAAAAGAGCGUAGUGGGAAAAGGAAGCCUAUUGAGUUGGGAAGACAUGUUGCAGAGCAUGCAUCAUCAACAAAACGCCGCAGGGGGGGAGAGGUUGGUUUGUCAAAUAUCUUGGAGCGGAUUGUGGAGACCCUCAAAGACAGGUUCGAUAUUUCCUAUCUCUUCUUAAAACCAGUGUCCAAGAAGGAGGCUCCAGAUUACCUGGAUAUCAUAGAGCGCCCAAUGGAUCUUUCAACCAUUAGGGAGAAGGUUAGAAGGUUGGAAUACAAGACCAGGGACGAGUUCAGGAAUGAUGUAUGGCAAAUAAUGUAUAAUGCUCACUUGUACAAUGAUGGGCGCAAUCCAGGGAUUCCUCCCCUAGCAGACAAGCUUUUGAUGCUUUGUGACAAUCUAUUGAAACAUAGUGAUGAAGAAUUGACUGAAGCAGAAAUUGGAAUCGAGUAUAGGGAUUCAUAGGGGGGGAGUACAUACCGAAUUGUGCCUGAUUCAUAGGGGGGGAGUACAUACCGAAUUGUGCCUUUGUGUAGUAUAUACAUAUAGCGUAGCGUAGUGAGGCUGAACCCUCAUUUCCAUGGCAAAUAGUUUAACACAAUAUUCCAUUCCAUUAGAGAUUUAGGAAAUUCAGUUGGCAUUUGUUGGGGAGAGAUGAAGGGUAUGAAGACAGGCUUAGAACACAACCAUGCUCAUUAGAAUGUUUUGCCAAAAAGAUUAGAAGAGGGGGUUAGAACUCGUUGAUAGAGGACAAACCUUCCAUAGUGUACUGUAGUGAUGUAUAUAAAACCUGAGUUGAAAAUAUUUUUGGGUUUAGUAGA